ACACACCUUCACCGUUCUCAGCGACGAGUACUCCAGAGGUUUCCUUAACCUCCAUCAGCUCUUCACCGCCUCCCUCAGGAUGAAGAUGUCCUACGUGAUGGUGCCCGUCGCACUGGCCCUCCUGCUGGGUGUGGCCUCCUCUACCCUGGUGAUUCCCCUGGCCACCACCGCCGGCACCUCCUUAGCCAUCACCGCUGGGACAGGUAGUCUCGCAGGUGUCGCAGCAGCGGCCGCGGGAGUUGCCGGGGUGGGCCUGGUAGCAUCUGCUCUCCUUUCGAGGCGAAGAGAAGAACCUCGAGGCUACGGAGCUGCACCUGACAGACGCUACAAGAGGGACGUCGAUGAAGAGAGGCUGGAGGAACUCUUCGCUAUGGUCGCCAAGAUGGACACACAUGGGUGCGGGAUGCGUCACGUGUGUGAAGUGUAUAAGAAGCCAGAACACCAACUGAACCUUCGUGAGCACACUAUCAGAGCGCUGCUGGGGGACAAGCCAGAACCAGUGUCACCCAAGAAGGCGAAGCAUCCUCGCUCAUUCUACCAGUCAGCAGCUGUGUUGGGCCGGGAAGGUCAGGACUGUUACAACCUCUACACUUCCUGCCCUCUUACCUAUGAGGAGGUCAAUGAGUACCUCGACAACCUCGACCUUCAGGUUAAGUAGAACCUUGAGGCACUACUAGCAGCAGCAGCAGCAGCAGCAGCAGCAGUAGCAGCAGCAGUAGUGAUAGCAGCUCAGCAGUGGUAACAAAGAGAAUAUCGACAAGAGCUACUAUUGGCAUCUGAAAAUAUAUCUUUUUGCACGUUUUGUCUUCUUUCUCAAGAUGUUGGCUCGAUAUUGUUUAAUUCAGAAAGUAUAUAUAAUAUUGUUUAUAAUCUUAGCCACUUAUCAGCUUACCAGCCGUUCGGGCGGUUGGUCUAUCCAGUGUAAGGAAUUCUGGUUCCUUCCAUAUGUUUUAGUAUCAUUACAUAUCUCUAGUUUUGCAAUAUAAAAGAAAAUAAAUGUUUUCCUGAAAA